AUGGCCGACAGAAGAAAAGAGUUGCACUCCAUCGACCACCCGACCACCCGCCCAGCUCCCGGGAAGUGGCUCCGAUCUGGCUACGCCGUCCCCCACGGCGCAGACGGAUGCACUCGAGCAUCCAACCAAGAAAAGCCGCCUCGAUCAUCUCUCUCCCCGCCGGCUGAACAGCCGAACAACCUUGGGGGCUAUGUGUAA